UAAUGACGAAAAAGUAGGAGAAAUAAGAAGUUCUGGAAAAGUAGAAAAGAAAAACUACUAUCGAGGAAAUGGCCAACGAUAGGGAGAUACUUCGGGAAAUUUGGGAAGGAAAACUACCAAUAUGUUUUCGUCUGGAUAGUGAAGAAAUAGUCGACGUAAGGGAACCCGAUCCUUUUUACUUGAUGGUGCCUCGGUUGAGUUAUUUUCCUCUGGUGACAGAUAAAGUAAGAAAACAUUUUGCCAAGUUCAUUGACAGUGAAAAAUCUGAUCAAGAGAUGUGGCUAGAAUACAAUGGACAGCCCUUGAAAUGGCAUUAUCCAAUUGGAGUGCUAUUCGACUUAUUGUUUGAUCCAGAUGAGAUGCUUCCUUGGAAGCUAACUGUCCAUUUUGAUAAAUUUCCGGAGACUGAGAUAUACAAAUUCACUAAUAAGUGAGUUGUCUUCUCCUGGUCCAGAGUUUGUUUCAUUUUUUAGUGACAUUGUGUUGAAAAAAUUAAAGGUCUUGGUUUUCAGAGAAAUGGUAGAGUCAUACUUUAUGGCAUGUCUCAAAGAAGCAGAUGUUUUGAAACAUAGAGGUCAAAUUGCUGGUAGUAUGCAAAAAAAAGAUCAUAAUCAGUUAUGGCUAGGAUUACAAAAUGAUAAAUUUGAUCAGUUCUGGGCUGUGAACAGGAAAUUAAUGGAAGUCACCAAUGACCAGGAAUAUUUCAAAUACAUUCCCUUCAGGUGCUAUUUUGAAGAUGGCUAUAGACAAAAAUUGAUCAAGCCUGUUACAGACAAUGGCUGUAAAAAAAAGUUGAAAGACCUGGUGAAUGAAAUGUUUCCAGAACAAACUAACAUUCAAAUAAAAACACAUGGAUUGAUACCUCCUUUGGAUACUCCUCUGCAAUGGCUUUCUGAACAUCUGAGUUAUCCUGAUAAUUUUUUACAUUUGUGUGUAGUAGCUUGAACUGUAUAAUUCAGUAACAUUCUGAAAUGCCAAGAUUUUUCUCUAUCCACACUACAGCUUUUAUAUUCAAAUGUUUUCCUUCCUUAAGGUGCAAAAUCACAAGAGCCUAAAGUUUUCCAACCAUUCAAAAAAUCUCAUUGCCAGAUUGGUCACAGUGAAUCUCAGAAUAAAAUUCUCUGACCAAAAUUAGCCUCCAUAAUUUUAUGCUGGGUUUAUAGAUUCAACUAAACUAAGAAUUAAACUCACAACUAUGAACUCAAAAAGUUGAAUACAAGGAAACAACUAUGAGGGUUCAUACAUUUACAUCUGACAUUUAAAUUAAGAAUUACAAAGUUGACCAACUUUCAACUUAACAACUAAGAUAUAGGAAAUUCUGGAGACAGAACAUAAAAAUUGGAUUUGUUAUGUUUCAAGUGGAUAUUGGUGAUACUUAAUUGGAAUAUUUUUUAUGGAUUCAUGAAUUAUGUAGACUAAAAUCACUUUAUAACAUCAUUUCAAUCUUUAACCAAGACAUUCUACAUUUAAUUCUUAAAUAAUAUCAGAUAUGUUCAAACACCCUCAUUAUUAUUAAUUGUUAAUUCCUAAUUGUUAGUUGAAUUGAAUCUACAGGGUCUCUAUAAAAGAUCGUAACAUCGUAGUGGCUGUUGACAUUUUCUUCAAUUUGCCGUUUUCUCUAAUGCUGUUAACAACAUUUAACGACCAAAAAGAGAGGAAGUGAUCCUAUAGGGGGUCUUUUUUAAUAUCGUUUUGCAUACACUAUGGAAAUGUAUCUGAAAGAAAGGAGAGUCCAAUAUUGGAGUUUGAAAAAUAAUGGAACAAAUCAAAAAUAUUUAUGAAAGAAGUAAUAAAUAAUGGUUUAUUUCAUUAACCUUCAUCAAAUGGUCAAAAUGUUCUCCGUUUUCUCUAAGCAUUUCAAAACUCUUCGCCGUUUGUUGUCGAAAAUGUUCCUCAGCAUUUGCGGGUUGCGGGACAAUAUUUUGGCAGCAAUGUGUUAUUGAGGCUUGCAGCUCUUCAAGGUUAUUAUUGUCUCUCUUGAAUACUUCGUCUUUCAAAUAUCCAAAAAGGCAGAAAUCCAAAGGCGUUAAAUCUGGAGAACGUGUUGGAAAAGAAGGAUUAACUCCUCGACUUAUCACCCGGUUGUCAUAAAAUUCUUGUAAAUAUUCUAAAUUUGCACGUGUGGUGUGGGCAGUGGUCCCAUCUUGCUGAAAAAAGCCAACUCGAAUUUCUUCAUCAUCAAGUUGAUUGAUGAAUGGUUCUAACAUCACUUGUCUGUACCUUUCAUUGAAGAAAAUCGGUCCAUAUAUUCGCCUACAAGAAACUGCUAACCACACCCCAAUUUUUUGAGAAUGUAGUGGAGUCUCAAUGAAAUUGUGGCGAUUCUCAGAUCUCCAAAACCUAAAAUUUUGUGAAUUCACGUAUCCCGACAAAUGAAACCAAGCCUCAUCGCUGACAAAUGUUAGGUCCAUUAGCUGGUCAUUGUUGAGAUUAUUUUGGAACCAUUGGCAGUACUCCAGAUGACGUGGGAUAUCUAUUGGCAGAAGUUGCUGUAGUACACUGGUCUUGUAAGGGUGCAUAUGCAAUCUUUUUUGAAGCACUUUAUGGCAUGUACUUAGUGGCACACCAGCUUGUAAAGAUAAUCUCUUCAAUGUGACGUUUGGGGAUUUUGCUCAACACGCGCCCUUAGAUUUUCGACAACUUCUUCCGAUAUUUGGGGCCUUCCUGUUGAUUUCUUUCUAUUAACGUUUCCAGUUUGGAUGAAUCUGCUGAUCACUGUUCUGAUGUGGGCUUUCAAAGAAGAUUCUUGAAUCUGUACAUUAGGAUAUUUCGCCAGGUACUCAUCCUUGCAGGCUACUACCGAGUAACUCCAUCCACCAUAGAUGAAUGACAUUACAAUAAAUGUAUUCUGCUCCGAGGAAUAAGCCAUCCCUCUUUUCAACACGACAAUCACGAAGUCGUUUGAAAAUUUUAACGAAAAACUGAUAAUUGUGAGUUUAUCAGCUAUGACAGUAUAAUGAUUGAUGUCAGAAAUUAAAUUCGAAUGUGUGAAUCUCCAUAAAUGAAAGGCGGCAAUUGGAGAAAAUAUUUCAACGGCUACUACGAUGUUACGAUCAUUUAUAGAAACCCUGUAUAAACCCAGUAUUAUUGUGGAAAAUGAUCAUCUAAAACAAUAAUCUCAACAUAUCACCUGAUAUGAAUGGUUCCAAAGAUUUAGGCACUUCUGCAAAAUCACUCUUAUUCCAAGGAACAUGAACACUAUUGCAUUCCUAUUUUUGAUCAAUAUAGACAGUCAGUAAACAGAUUUUUUUGAAUUGUCUUCUAUAAUAAUUGAGGAGUUCUUGGGAAAACUAAAAUUUGUUUUGAUAUAAUUGGAUUAACCUUCACAUGACUAUGACUGAUUUUUAUUUCUGCAAUAAAUAUAUUUGUUUU